AUGCCACAGAUUGAGUUAAUCACGAAAUGGGGUUGCGACGGCUCUCAACAGUCACAGUUUCAACACAGUUUUAGUGACUUAACAAGUGAUGAUUCCAAUAUUUUCCAAAGCUCCAUGGUGCCCCUAAGGUUGCAAGUCCAUACUGGAAUUAACAAGAAAAUUAUAUGGCAGAAUCCCACACCGUCAUCAACAAGAUUCUGUCGGCCUAUUCGUAUCAGGUUCCUCUACGAAAUCGUUGAUAUUAUUAAAGAGGAAAUAAAAUACAUCGAAGAUCAUGUAAAAAAUUUGCAAAGCACAGAAGUGCAAACCUCUAGUGGAAUGAUACAGGUUAAACAUACGAUGAUAACUACAAUGUAA